CAGCUCACUUGCUCCUUGGCCACCUUGGCGGCUGCUGCGUUCUCCGCGCCCCGCAUGGGCUUCCCGCUUCUGUCGCACCAAAGCCGUCCGCCGCACCCUUCAAGCCGAGGACAUACAGCGUCCCGAUCUUGCAGUGACAUCCAGGCCAUCAGGUACACUGCUACCUGGUACUUGGGGCCACAUCCCAUCCACGUGGUGCUGCUCCUCGCCAAGGGCUGUUGGGGUCUCACAUCAUCCUGCUGGCUACAGAAAGUGUCAUCGACCAGGGUUGCAAGGGAGGUUCCUGCAGUGAGAUACCCAAGGUCCUGUUCCCAGGGCCUAUCAGGAGCCGCCGGGAGAAACUGGAAUCCUGUCCCUAGCUUCUGCGCGUCACUCUGCGGCUGCCUCUGCCUCCUGGCCCUGAGCUCCUUUGCUACCAGCUGCUGCAGGAGGACCGAGGCUCCUCAGAGGGAGUGGAGCUCUCAGACCCGGGCAGAGCCAGCCCCAGCGUGCAUUCUGGGGCUGCCUUUGUAUUUCCACCUGCGGACUCCCAGAAACACCACCUCUCCUCACGUGCAGUGUCUGGGCCUUUGGAACCGAAGAGGAAGAUGCCGCCAGCCUCGGCGUUGCCUAUACAAGGAUGACGUUCGGAGAAGUGCUGUAACUAUCACAACAAGUCACCCAAGUGAUGAGUAGCAGAGCAAGUCUACAAACCAGCAGAGC